AUUGAUAAACAGACCUUUCAGAAUACAAUUAUCCCAAGAAAUAUUACUGGCUCGCAUGGAAUUCUCAAGGAAAGUUAGAAACCUAUCGCUUACCACCUUGACUCGUGUUUCAGGCAAAAGGCCAAAGAGUUUUGGUGGAUUAAAGUAUCAAAUCUUCAUGUGAUUCCGAGAUGUAGGGUAUUUGAAGUGAUGGUUUUGAUGGCUCGGGUUCAAGUCGAUGAGUUUGGAUAAAACAUUCACUGGAUUAGAUUGUUUCUGAAUUAUCACUUAGUCCAUUUUCAUACCAUCCAGCGAUUCGGGGUUUGGAUAUAAGAUAUCCUUACAUCGAUUGCGUUUUCUACUCAUUAUUACAAACUAUUUCUUUUCUACUUUUUAUCUUACAAUACAUACAUACAUACUUACUUACUUACUUACUUACUUACUUACUCACUUGAACGGGGAAUCGAAGCAAUGGGUAAAACAGAAUGGUUAACUUGUACAGCUCUUACUGCUGUCUUGGUUUAUACUUUUCCACAAUAUUUGACCGUCGAUCGAGUUUCGAGAUCAGCAAUUCGUUUUCUUCUACUUGAUAUUUCAUUAUUCUCUUUUUGGCGCAUGUUCAUAUAUCCUUUCUUUUUUAGUCCUCUUCGUCAUCUACCAGGUCCGGUGGUAAGUUUACUUUACUUCCUAUAUUCAUUCAUUCAUUAACAUGUUCAUAGUCUUAUAACUUCCUCUGGGGUAAUGGUUCUUCACAGUUCAGCAAACCACCUGGAUACGAAAUUCAACAGUUCGUUAAAGAUGUACCGAAUGAUGGUUUACUACGCAUUCGAACCUUUGCAAAUAUCGAAAGACUUAUUCCUACAUCUCCUAGUGUAUUGAAAAGUAUUCUAGCCGAUAAUUCAUACGAUUAUGAAAAACCAUCUGGAGUUCGCAAAUUUCUCACCUUGAUCUUGGGUGAAGGACCUAUCAUGUCAGAAGGUUCUCUUCAUAAAUUUCAACGCAAACAUUUGUUACCCGCUUUUCAAGUCAAACAUAUUAGGAAACUGUAUCCAGUUUUUUGGUCCAAAGCUCUUGGUCUUGUCGAGGGUAUCUCCCAAGAAAUUACCGAAACAAGUACGCUGGAAAAAAGAAAUGAAUCGCAUAUCGAAUUCAAUGAAUGGGCUACUCGUGUCACAUUAGAUAUAAUUGGUGUUGCUGGAGUAGGUAGAGAUUUCGGUGCUCUGAGAAACCCAGAUGAUCCUCUAGUGCGAGACUAUAACGAACUUCUCGAACCUACCAUUAGUAAGGGCCUUUACUUUGCAGCCAACAUCUUUGGUCCUCAAGAUCUCAUUCAGAAACUUCCAUUCAAAUAUAGCAAAGUAAUUGCUGAAACAACGGGGAACCUUCGUACUUUCUGUCGCGAAGUCAUCGAUGAAAAACGUCAAGCAGUACGCGAAGGUAAAACAGUCGAUGGAAUGGAUAUCCUAAGUAUCCUCGUCCGAUCCAACGAUUUCAGCGACGAAGAUCUCGAAGAUCAACUCCUCACAUUCUUAGCAGCUGGUCAUGAAACUACAUCUUCAGCUCUUACAUGGGCUAUUUAUCUGCUAGCCAUUCAUCCAGACUGGCAAACCAAACUCCGCCAAGAAGUUCACGCUGCAAUCCCUUUACCCUCUGAUCCAAAUUCCACAGAACCAAAUCACACUAUCAUCGAUUCCCUCCCGAUUCUAAACGCAGUUAUACAAGAAACCCUCCGUCUCUAUCCCACUGUGCCCCUCUCCGUCCGUACCUCCACAAGACCUACAUCCAUCACCCUCCCUGAUUCCUCCACACUCCACAUCCCCAUUGGAACACGCAUGCUCAUCUCCCCCUUAGCCAUCAAUCGCUCCCCAGAACUAUGGGGCCCCAAAGCAAACGAGUGGUCUCCUGAACGCUGGCUCGAAGAUGGAUGUGCCAAUACUGGAGGCGCGGAUAGUAAUUUUGCUAAUAUGACUUUUUUUCAUGGGGAGAGAAGUUGUAUAGGGAAGGGCUUUGCUAUUAGUGAGUUUAAGUGUUUGUUAGCGGGGGUGGUGGGCGGGUUGGAGUGGGAGAUGUGGGAUAAGGGGGAGGUGGUUAGGGUUGGGGGUGUGGUUACUACGAAACCUGUUGGGGGGAUGAAUGUUAGGAUGAGGAAGGUUGAGUGGUAGGUUGGUUGGUUGGGUGGUAAAGGAUAUGGGAAAGAGAAGGAGAAGCGAUUUCUUUUUCUUUCUUUGAUUUAUGAGGGGAUAUUAUAUCCGGGGCUCGGGUAUAUUGAUUCGCAGUUAUGUUAAUCGAUAGUUAGGAUAAUACAAUACCGUUCUUCGGUC